GAAUUUUAUAUGGUCUGAUGUUUUAUAUAAAAUAAAAAUAAUAAAAAUCUACUAUGAAAACAAAUUUUGUGUAUUAGUGUUAGGUUAAAUCAAUGAAAUAGAUCAAAUAUUCAAGAUCUUACGUAUACGUUCAAAUAGUUAUGUAAAAAUCAAUGAAAGGAUAUCUUGUCAGUUCUAAGCAUAUCAAUAUUCAAAAGUACCUGAAUAUUAAUUUGAAAAAUUCAUGAAAUACAUUCUAUUAAAGACAAUAAAAUAAGGUUAUCUUAUCGUUUAAGUACUAUAAAAAAACAUAAGUAAUACAAAAUACGUAAGAAUGUUUUUUUCACGUUAUAUUAAAAAGUUAGAUCAUGCAACGAAAGAAAAAAUACGAUUAAGAUUAGCCACGGCUUAUGCAAUAAUAGCAUGGAAUGGAUUUGCAAUUGGUUUAUACAUGUUAUCUAAUGGACGACAUGAAACUCCGGGUACACCGAAAGGUUUAACCAGAGUACUUGCUUCCCAUACAGAAGAAAGUAAAGUUAUUCGGAUAAGAGGAUUUAAUAUAGUAGAAAAUACUGUUUAUGAUAAAAGCAAACUUGAUGAAAUUCGUUCUAAUAUUAUAAACAGUCAUAAUAAUACUCCUGAUGAUGAAGAUUCUGACUUCUAAGUUUUAUUAUAAAGCAUAAUAAUAAGAGGAUAGAUGUAUAUAAUAAUAAAAUAUAAUUAAAAUAAUAA